GUCAAAGCGUCGAAGAAAGAACGAGAACGCUUGAGCUCCUGCAAAAAUAACGAAUCAAUAGAUAGCGAAAGAGAACCGAGGAGGAAUUCUCAACUCAACGGCGUUAAGAAAUAAUUGAUGAAAUCUUUGCAGAAUUUACAAUAACUCACAAAUUAUGGCGACUAAAAGCACGGUAAUAGUGACAGGGUUUGAACCUUUUGGAGAUCACACCAUCAAUGCUAGCUGGGUGGCAGUACAGGAACUGGAGCGGUUAGGCUUGGCUCAGAAUGUGGAUCUGCACAUCUGUGAGGUGCCAGUGGAGUACCAGGCAGUUCAAAGUCUGCUUCCAUCUCUAUGGAAACAGCACCAGCCACAGUUGGUGGUCCAUGUCGGAGUCUCUGGCAUAGCCACCACGGUCACCUUGGAGAAAUGUGGCCGCAACCACGGCUACAAGCGGGUGGACAACUGCAGCUUCUGUCCAGACUCUCAGUGCUGUAUGGAGGGGGGCCCUGAAUGCAUCGAUUCAGUCAUAGACAUGGACCUGGUAUGCAAGAGGGUCAACUCCUCAAGGCUGGGUGUGGCAGUGUCGGUAUCAAAGGACGCCGGCCGAUACCUAUGUGACUACACCUACUACACGUCACUGUACCUGGGGAAGGGCAGGUCAGCGUUCGUUCACGUUCCUCCUCUGGGGAAGCCCUACAAUGCCCAGGACCUAGGCAGAGCCUUGCAGGCCAUAGUGGGGGAGAUGCUGGAGCUUGUGGGUCAAGCUGAGGGUGAUGACCAUCACCGCCACCACUGCAGCCACCAGCACCAUCAGCAUGCUCACUAAAGAAAGACUUCCGGUGACCUUUGUCCUCAACUCACUGCUGCUGUCCUCAAUGGACAGAUAAAGCACUUAAAACAUAAUCAGCAUCUACCCAUGGUAGUCUGGGGAGCGUUAGUUAAAGAGAGGGGCAUCGGCACUCCACUGUUGUAGAAACUAGAGAAAGGAAGAGUAUGUGAAUAAACAUAGGCAGAGCCAUGGCUCUAUCCAUGGAUAGUAUAUCUAUGGCUCUGGGUGUGGAUGUUUGACUGCAUUUCACAAACAAGAGUAAUGGUCCAAUGAACGGUGCUGUAGAUGAGAGAAACAUCUUUGUGUAUCCAGUGUGCAUGGACGUGUGCUUUUAAGCCAAGUCCUCCUGACAGCCAUACCAUUGGCUGCUUCUCACUAUUUUCAAUAGUUCCCCUUUUAGUUCCUUAUUCACCUCACCAAUCACUCUCGCUUUGACAUAAUGGUUAAUGUAGUGUGCCGUUUAUUGGACCAGCUCCAGCUCCCCUUUUGUCUGUCAUUAAUAUUUGUUGUGAAAUUGUACAAUAUCUGUAUAUUACUAUAGUGUACAAUAUAAGGAGGAAAAAAUAUGUUUUCUUUGAUAAAUGUACCUCAAUCACGUGUUAAUAUCUCAGGUAAUUUAUUGCAUAUACAAUCAAUAUUUAUAAUGUGAUGAAUAAUGAAUGAUAUGACGUUUUUUAUCUUGUGUUCGGUAUCUGUAUUCUCUACUUCAGAACAGGUCUAAUCCUGUGAUUAAAUCACUAAUGUCAGAGUUAGCCUCUUCUGUA